GAACAUCGUCUUAACGAAUUGAGAACGGGUAUCGAGUCUGAGAGUACACGGUAGCAGCUGAGAAUCGAGACCUCGAGAAAGCCAACGCCCUACAUAAGACUCGAAGUUGACAUCUCGAAGUCAUGGUCUACAAGUUGCAGCGUCAGAUGCAGCCAGUAAGUCAUUCAUCCAUCGACGCAUCGAAAGAUCAAUCGUGAUCCUUCGAUCAGGAGCCUGCAAGCUGCGCGUGUCGUGAUGGCCAUCGGGCCCUUGACAAUGACUCUCGCUCGCUGUCUCCAAUUUUGCACCACAGAAUCUGCAAACCACGAUCGACGCUUUCUAGUCUCGUGAUCUAGCGGAUGGUUUUGACAGAGCGACGAUUCAAUAUAUAAACAUCGAUACGGCCGUGGACUGUCUGCCAGCCAGCCAGCCAGCCAGCCUGCCAGCCUGCGGCGCUUUGGAGAGAAUCCUCCUGAAAGCGAUCGUGCCGAAGGUGAGUCGAAUUACAUGCCAAGGGGAGUCUCAUGCCGAGCCCACACUUGAUCCUUUAGCUUACCGUCGGAGGAUCUUCGGUCGGAAGACAUUAUCACGUGUAAAUAGAUUCUACAUCACGCACCACGCGCAGGUAUUAUAAGAAUGGUUAAGCUCAUGCCGGAAUCUCGGAUCGGAUAGAGAACGGGAUCCCCGCAUGCGCCUAAUUCUUCAGACAACUGUAAUGAUCAGGCAGCCAAGUGCGUUCCUGUGUAUUCGAUGUCCGAAGGCUUGAUGCAAAAAUAUCCAAAUGUUGAAGCGGCACUGAUUCCUGUCCGACAUCAGACACUGCACGCAGUGGCCUCUGCUCUUCUUCUGAGUACACAACCCAGCACCUCAAAUUCCGAGGGCAUUUACAAAUUGUGCGUGCUCACUGACCUCUUGGAAGUUGUCAGCUCGAGCAGAUUCAGCACGAAGGCCCGAGGCAGUUCGUGCGAUUUGUCAUGGACGAACUUAUCUCUCGGGGUGGCACGGGAGCGCAGCUGGCAACAAAGUUCGCGCAGGGACUCGGGAGCUGAUUGCACUUGCGCAGAUUCCAGGACGAACUCCCACGGGAAAAGUCCAAAGGUUGUGGAACUCGAUCGAUCAGAAGUGCCUCCAGUGAUGAGUGGGUUGGGUUGAUCAUGAAUGCAGUGAUGCAGGUGCUCGAUAGUAUGUAGUGCUUGCACAUUCCCAUUGUCGCACGAUGUUGGGUUCCUUUGUAGGCCUCAGCACUAGCAGCCUUGCAACAACCACUUGCCCAUCUGUCUCCGCAAAUCAACCGAUUAGAAUCAGAAUCACGCCCGGAAGCUGGCCCCUGCAGCAUGUGAGCCUGCAUCCAUUGUCGUUCAGGACCGAGAUCAGAGUUGUCUCUUCCGCAGUUCCUCCAUCUCAAAAUAUCUGGAAGCUUUGCACGAGCUAUCACGGUUCGGGAGGCUGUCAGAAUCGAAGGAGAGCUCUCGCCGGCGGCAGAUGCAGGGCCAUCGAGACGGAGCAGGGAAUGAUAGUGGAGACUCUGAAGUCUGUGUCGGAAAAAGACGUGAAGAUCGUGACGAUGGCAAUCAUCACGGUUCUGUUUUCCAUCAGCAACAGGAUUUUGUACAAGAUGGCUCUGGUGUCCAUGAGGGAGUACCCGUUCCUGCUGGCGCAAUUGACGACUCUCGCAUGCUCCAUAGCUUACUCCACCAUCCUCUUCUUCCGGAUACGAGCCGGAAUCGUGACCAAGGAGAUGCUCCAUAUCCCCAAGGCCCAGUUCGUGGCGGUGGGCGCACUCGAAGCUCUGGGAUUCUCCACGGGCAUGGCUGCAGGAGCGGUGCUCCCUGGAGCUCUGCCCCUGGUCUUCUACCAGAUGCUCCUGGUCUGGCAGCUGCUUCUGUCCGCUUCCAUUCUCGGCCGGCGUUACAGUAAGAGCAAAAUCGGCGGAUGCUUCCUCGUGGUGCUUGGGGUCGUCAUCAUUGCCCUCGCGUCCAGUGCACCGAUGGUGGCAGCUGCCGAAGGUGGCCACUGGUUGUUGUGGCCGUCGGUCAUGAUGCUCUCGGCAUUCUUCGCAGCAGCUGCUUCGAUCCUCAAGGAGCAUGCCUUCGCCAGAUCCGGAUCCAAAUCUGGCCACGGAUCGGUCGACAUCUUCGUGGUGAAUUCCUUCAGCUCGGGGUUUCAGACUCUGUUCCUGCUCAUCAUGCUUCCUCUGCUGUCGCAGCCCUCGAGGGGCAUGAUUUCCUUUCCGACUUACGUGAGGGCCGGGGCCACUUGCUUCUUCAAUGCCGGAGCAUCGGGGCGAGCUUUCUCUCCGUGCGUGGGAGCUCCCAUGGUGCCCCUCGUGUACGUGCUCGGGAACAUGGGCUUCAACAUCGCCGCUCUGUCGUUGCUCAAAGCCUCGUCUGCUGUCGUCGCGUCGCUCACCACCACUUUGGCCGUGCCUCUGGCCAUCUUCGCUUUCACCAUGCCCCUCCCGCUCCUCGGCUCCCCUCCUCCCCUCUCGCCCGGCCUCCUGUCCCUGGGCUCGUCCAUUUUAGUCCUCGGGCUGGCCACUUACAAUCUGUCGACAAUUGUCACUCCUGCUCCGAUCGACCAGCAAGAGCCUCGAGCCAAAUUGUAGCUCGUACACCUUUCGUCAUCAUCAUCACAGAAGAUGAAGAGAAAAUUGACAAGCUCGGCGGUGACUUAACUUUCAUGAUGCUUAAGUGUAUGAUAUGGUGCUGAGACAGACCUCCAAUUGAGGUCUGCUCUGCUGUGCUCCCCAUGCAUCCAUCCAAUUUAUAGCUGUCAGCUCACGAGGACG